ACUUAAUUUAUUUUUUCUAUGGUAUUAUAGGUAUUCAUGGUGCUCUUUCAACAACAAGACCAGAUCCCUUCCUCUAGAGUUUACUGUUUUAAGGUUUGAUUAAUUGAGGACUACUGGCAUAAGGGAUUGCAGGUUUGGACACUAACUCGAAAAAAUGACCAGACUGAGGGGUGGAGGUAGGGAAGUAACAGGAUAUGUGACUUGCCAUAUAGAUUUCUUGUUGUUCUAGCUUCCUUAAGAGAAAAAUAAAACCUCCGUGUAGUUAUAGUGUAGGAAAAAUAAGAUGAUUACUGGUGGAAGACUAGCUGAAAGAAAUAAGUGUUUAGGAGAGACUGCAGGAGGGCAUGGACUGAGAUGAUUUGAUUUACUGAAGAAGGGAAUUUGUGCCUCAUCCCCACACACACGAGGACUAAGACCAGAAAAAGAGGUAAAGGAUUUGUUAAGGUAGGAUAAGAGCAUAGAACUUGAGUAUCACUAUGAAAGUAUGCAAGGAGAAAAGCCUAAGGCUGUGGAAACAUGACUGAAGCAGUGGAUAGGAUCAUUUAUGAAAUAAAACUUAAUCUUGGUGUUUGCACAUCAUGUUCUACACAUGCUGCCUGUAAGUGGCAUAAUCUACUGUCCCUAGUUUUAGACAUCUACUUAGAUUAGUUUCAGCUUUGAAAGUGUAAAUUAUUGCAUGCUGUUGUUUAUUAUAAAAAAUAGCAUAUAACAUGUUAUAUAUGGUAGUGUGUUUAGACACUGUACAAAUAUGUAAAUGACAUGGAGCUUUUAUUCACCUUUCUGAGGAAAACAUGCCCAGCUAGUUUUAAAGAACACAUCAUAAUUUUUCACAGGAUUAUUUUAAAUACUUCAGAAAAAAAUAAGCCGAGAUUUUCCUGCAACCAUUCCUUUUAUUCUUUCUUUCAAAAGAUUAACCUUUGAUUGUCUUAAUGUGGGUGUCCCAGGUACAGAAUGAAUGGCUGAUAAUGGACAUGGCAACCGCUGUUGUUGCUGAGGAAGUUAAAACAGCCUAUGGGAAAGGGCCCAAAGCAACAUAUGAUGGAAGACAACUCAUGAUGGAAGCAAAAAUGAAACAUCUCAACCUGUCAUUUGCAGCUUGUGGGUUUCUGGGUAUAUACCACUUGGGGGCAGCAUCUGCUCUUUGCAGGCAUGGUAAGAAGUUACUGAAGGUUGUGAAGGCUUUUGCAGGAGCUUCUGCAGGAUCACUGGUUGCCACAGUUCUGUUAACAAUGCCAGAAAACAUAGAGGAAUGCGAGGAGUUUACCUAUAAGUUUGCAGAGGAAAUUAGAAAACUGUACUUUGGUGCAGUGACACCAGGUUAUGAUUUCAUGACAAGACUUAGGGCAGGUAUAGAGUCUUUUCUUCCUUCUAAUGCUCAUGAGAUAGCAGAGAAUCGUCUCUAUGUAUCAAUCACCAACACUAAAAAUGGAAAAAAUUAUUUGGUUUCAAAUUUUGCCUCCAGGGAGGAUCUCAUUAAGGUCCUCCUAGCCAGCAGUUUUGUGCCAGUGUAUGCAGGAAUUAAAGCAGUGGAAUAUAAAGGAGAGUUGUCCGUGGCCAACCUGGUAAGGCUUAAUCAAGCUUUAUUCCCACCAAGUCAGAAGACGAUGGAAUCGCUGUACCAAAAUGGAUUUGAUGAUGCUGUACAUUUUCUACUAAAGGAAAACUGGUUUGAAUAGAUGAUGUGCAUGGAAAAUUAACAGUGUCUGAUAGCUGUCAAAACAAAGUACAUAUGUCACACAGAACCCAAGAUAUUGCUGCCAUGGUUUUUGUUUAUUAAAAUACAAAUGCCAGAGGUAUUGCAUCAGUCAAAAAAAUAUACAGGUGCUUUGGCUGAAAUUUGUCAGCAUGUCAAAAUGGAAAACAGAACUUACAUGGUAAAAGGAUCUGCUGUUUCAAAUAGGUGUAAUAGUAAAAUCUAUUAAAAUUAAAAGAAGGUUGUUAUUUAGGAUGUAUGGUACAAACUAGUGUAUUACUUCAUGAAAUACUGAAAAUAUGAUUGCUGACAUCAAUCAUAUAUGAGACACUCAUUCAGGUUAUGUCCUGAAAAUUUGCACUGUAUCUAGUUCUCUUAAGCUUUGAAUAGUUGUGUACUUUCUCUGUUAAUCUUAUUUUUGUGCACAGUAAUUGACUGGUUGUAAUACUUCAAGCAUGAACUCUAAUUACAAAGAGAUUGUGAGAAACAAAACAAUUUAAUUGAAUUUCUUUAAUUAUAAUACAUGUAUUUUUUUCACCAUUAGAAAUUUUUAUCCUUUAAAUCAGUUCCAGGACUUUUAAAAUCCUGAAAUACCCAUCUGUUUCAAAAUUUAAAAACUUUUUUCUGUAAAAUGUUGGAAAGAAGAUUGCACCAGAUAUAAUUAAUUUUAUUUAUGCAGUGGUUCUCUAUCUACUAAAUUUUAAUAAACUAAUUUAUGUUUGGAACUUUGUCAGGUAUUUAUUUUGUUGUAAAUUUCUCAGUACUAUGGUGUUAUACUUCAUUGAUCCAUUUUGGACAAAUGAUCGAUAUUUUUUAAAAGUUUGCAUAAAUGCAUGUUUUCCCCCUUCACUAAGGCCAUAACCUGCACCACUAAAGCUAAUAGAAGUUUUUCCAUUUACUUAAAUGGGAGCAGGAUGACGUCCCAAGGUCAUAAGAGGGUCCCUAAUAACUUUAGUGAAUAAUUUACAGAAAUUAAGAGGCAACGUUUUGGAGACCUAAUCGGAAAUGUUCUGCUGAGAUCAGCAGAUCUCAAAUGUUAGUAUUUAGAGAUUCAAAUCAUACAUUUCCAACUAUAGUCUAAUCCAAUAUCUCUAUCCAUCUCUCUAAAAUACUAUUUGACAGGGGCUAAUUAAAGAAAUCUAAACUAUUUCAGCAAGAAUUCUUUGAAAAGCUCUGACAGUUGCUUUUUUUUUUUUUUUUUCUUCAGUAAAAUCUACUCUGAUAGGGUUGGCAGAGACAUAACGCCAGUUCCUGAGGGUCUCAACUCCCAUUGGAGUUAUUGGAAUUCAGGUAGCUCAAUAACUAACAGGUUCAGAUUCUGAAGGCUUUUCUUUUGACUUCAUUGGUUGAAGGAUCAAGCCUUUAACCUUUAUAUAAUGAAAUUGUCACAAGUCUUUUUUUAUAUUUAUGUAUGCAUUUUCAGUAACAUUCCUUGUUCUUUAAAAAACAUAUGGCUUGGAUCACAUGUAGUGAUUAGUCUAUUUGCACUAUAAAGAUUAAACUGUGUGUAAAUUAUAUAAUGUUCAAAUGAACAAUGGCAAGUACGCUGCGGUCUAUGUAAUGGAAAAUAUAUAGAUGAGAAUUUGAAAGCAUCUACUACACUUGUUUAUAAACCAAGCCCUAGCAAAGAAAAUACUGCACAAUUGCAGAAUUUAUGUUGAAACUUAGACUAACUGAGACUGGAGUCUGCAAAUAAUAAAUUAAUAUCUGGAAGCAAUGUGA